AUGUUGAGUAACACCACUGCUAUUGCUGAAGCUUGGGCUCGUCUUGAUCAUAAAUUUGAUCUGAUGUAUGCUAAGAGAGCUUUCGUUCACUGGUAUGUUGGUGAAGGUAUGGAAGAAGGUGAAUUCUCUGAAGCUAGAGAAGAUUUAGCUGCUCUAGAGAAAGAUUAUGAAGAAGUUGGAGUUGAUUCUGUUGAAGGUGAAGGAGAAGAAGGAGAGGGAGAAGAAUAUUAA